GCAACGGUAGCGCGUCUGACUCCAGAUCAGAAGGUUGCGUGUUCAAAUCACGUCGGGGUCAGUCAUAUAUUUAUUACAUUUCUGCAUGAUAAGGCAUGUGCAUACAUGACUAAUCAAAUAUCGGCACUCCCAGUUCACUUGGAGGAGGAGUCGGGUUAACGGUUGCUACGGAGACGAGUCUCUUUGCCUCCCAUGCUACCGGAAAAACACGGAAGCACCGGCUGAACAUCUUCUCAAAUCGAGGCUUCAGAUGUUUUGCCCUAGUGUCUUUGAAGGAUUCUGAAUGGUUUGGCACACCCUAUUGUACUAACAAGGCGUAGGAUACAAUUAAAAAACUACUUAUAGCAGACUCAUUUGACGAUGCUAGAAGUCGGUUCACACAUGGAGGGGAACAGAAACCCCCCCCUGAGAAACACGGAGGCGAGGGAGCGGAAGAAGACCAGGAGGAGGCGGAGAAGAAAGACAGCAAGUGUUCCUACGAAGAGCGGGCAUUCAAUCAGCCACCUUGAGGAGGAUAAAGACAAUCCUGGGAGCAUAUUGCCCCCCAGCACCCUGUCCGUCUCCCUGCCCCCCCUCCCCGGACCCGGGCCGCCCCAGGCCCUUAAGGGGAGAGAUAAGGAGGGGGCUCCCCAUUGGAGCACCAACCCGCCCCCGCUAGCUUCCCCCACAACAACGAGCGUUCCUGAGCUGAGUGCCCAGGCCAGGGGGAGCCUGAGGUGGGAAGGGGAGCUGGACGACCCCCUCGCGGAGGGGGAGAGGUUGGAGCUCUACAAGGCCCGGCGGAGGCAGCGCUACCUGGCUCUGAGGCCGGUCUGAGGAGACCAGCCCCCCCCCCCCCCCCGGACCUCAUCAAUGCUAAUAGGUUACAUUUUUUGAUUAAAUGCAGUAAACACAAUAUCCUUCAGAGACUGUCUGUCCAACCCCCAUGGCUACGGGAGGAAAAAUAAUUGCUGAUGGCAUACGAUCUAUCCAGAGAAUCCAUAUUAACUCUCCCUCUAGACUCUGUAGAUGUGUACUGCUACAGGGUCCACUGGCCUACUUCCACAGAAGAGAACGUCAUUAAGUCAUUACGAGCCUGUACCGUAUUGAUGGUGCUUUACAGUUAUGCAGCACCAGGGUGGAGUAGGGCCCCCUUCGCAGAGAGGGGUCCCAGGACUGACCAUGGGUGCAGUAGGGCCCCCUUCACAGAGAGGGGUCCCAGGACAUACCAAGAGUGGAGAAGGACCCCCUUCACAGAGAGGUCCCAGGACAUGCCAAGGGUGGAGUAGGACCCCCUUCACAGAGAGGGGUCCCAGGACAGACCACGGGUAGAGUAGGACUCCCUUCACAGAGAGUUCCCAGGACAUACCAGGGGGACCCUCAAACACCACUAUGGGACUGCUGUCCCAUAGGGGUGUUUAAGGGCCCCGCUGGUACAGGUACAGGUAGACUGAUGUUCACUAGCUCAGUAUACUGGUGCCCUGGUACAUCAAAGGAGAAGACCCAUAUUCAUAUUAUUAUAAUUGACACCGAUGUAGACCCAGGGGAAGGGGGCCUGUUUGUUUUAUGUUAAUUUGACUAUCUGUUGGCUUUGAAAGAGAACGUCAUAGGUGUGUGGAUAAAGGUUUGUUGUACUACGUUACCCAGGAGUCUUAGCGCCAGGUGGAUUCAGGAAGUGCACAACGUGAUAUAAGAGCUGAGCGUGUACAUGUGUUGGGGCCGCUUAAGUAACAGAAAAAAAGAGUUCUCGGAGGUAAACAUGCUGCUGCGCCCUGUUUGUCAUAUACAACGAACAGGCAUAACAUUAGGUGAACGCAAUCCUAGUCAGGAACGGAUGUGGAUAUAUCUCUUCCAAAAUCCUCUCGCAUCAAAUGGGGAUCCCACCGUACUACGUAUCUACGCACCGUCAGAGUUCAUAUCAAACCGAAAACGACCAACGGUUGGCCGUGGGCUACGGUUGGACCUCCACCAGCGCAUGCAGCAGGUCCCGCUGAGCCGCUAACAACCCCCGCAUCUACAAGGUGGUGUUUUCUACUCCGGCCCCCUCCCCUCAUGGAUCUGAGGUCCGCUCUCCUGUGCGUCGGAGGGUCCGUGUGCUCCUUCAAACUGGUCCACACGCUGCUCGGAGGCCUGCAGGCGCCGCCCAGAGAGGGCCACCGAGCCUGGAGACAGCGCAACAUCGGCACGUCGCUGGCUCACAGCUCGCUGUCAGGAGCAUGGGCUGCGCUGUGCUUCUGGUGCCAUCCUCAGAUGGCCGAAGACCUGAUCUCCACUCACACCAGGUUCUCCUUCAGCCUGGUCACCCUGUCUACAGGUUAUUUCAUCUAUGACGCCCUGGAUCUGCUCCUUAACCAGUCGUUCAAGCGGUCGUGGGAGGUCCUCCUCCACCACGCAGUGGUUGUUUCCUGCUUCAGCCUGGCCAUCAGCUCCCGCCUCUACGUGGGCUUUGCUGUCCUGUCUCUGCUGGUGGAGAUCAACACUGUGUUCCUCCACAUCAGGCAGCUCAUGCUCCUGUCUGGCUGGCGGAACCGGCCAGCAGGAGGCAGCGCCCCCACCACCGACCCUCCCCGGCCCACGCCUGCUUUCCGCCUGACCAGCCUCCUCAACCUGGCCACGUUCUUGGUGUUCCGGUUGUGUACACUGGGCUGGAUGACUCGGUGGCUGGCCGCACAAGCGGGGCAAAUUCCUCAGUUCGCCCACACGCUGGGAACGGUGGGCUUGGGCGGCAUCACUGUCAUGAACGUGGUUCUUCUCUAUCGGUUGCUCCGCGCGGAAGUGCUGACCGACACACGAACCUCCGGAAAGGACCACUAGAGGGCGCUGUUCAUGUGACGGAACCUCCGGCCUAUUUUCACUCAGACGAUCCUCCCAAUGAAAUGCUCAUCGGUCACGUUCGACCAGCGUUUACAAUAGACUCUUGCUCUUGACACAAUAACUUAAUUACCUCAAUUAAUAUUUACAAUUAAACUGCAGAAUUAUUGUGUGAAAUAGCUCUUUAUUUAUCAGAGUGACAUGCCCAUCAUGGGAUGUUUCCGAAAUAUUAAUAACAUGAAAAUAAAGAAAGAAAAAAAAAGUUGAAUCAAAUGUAUCAAUCUAAUUCAUCAGAUGCUCCAUUAUGAUCUUCUUUGGAAAUGUGGUGACGAGAGAGGGCUUGCUGUGUUGCGCCCUGGUCCGGACGUCCUGCCCGAGGCAGGGCAGAGGAACGCCCUGGGUCCGGAGCUCCGUCUGGUAGAAGGGGCACACCUUCAUGUGCUCGGACAUGUGCGGGACGUCCUGGAAGCACCACUGGCUGACGGGGGAGAACAGGGUGCUGAACUCCCACACCUGAUGGAGGGAGGCAGGGAGGGAGUCAUCGACGGUUUCAACAAUAAAAUAU